AAGGAGUCAAAAAGCACUCCAAGUUUCCAAACAAGCUGCUUCUCCUGGCCAUGUUCUCUACAUGUAUAGGAGGAACCUUUCAGUGUGGAUAUAACAUCUCUGUAAUCAACGCACCUACUAAGUACGUACAAGACUUCAUCAACAGCACCUGGAUGCAGCGUUACCAGAGCAACAUAUCAGAGAAUGGCCUGACUCUGCUCUGGUCCACUAUUGUGUCCAUUUUCACUUUAGGAGGACUUGUAGGAGUUUCAAUCGGAAGCACGUUGUCUGUGAAGCUGGGGCGGAGAGGGACGCUGCUGACAAAUAACUGCUUUUCAGUGAUGGCUGCUCUGCUGAUGGGUCUGAGCGCCUUCGCUGGAUCAUUUGAGUUACUCAUCAUCGGGCGUCUUCUCUGUGGGAUAAAUGCAGGUGUUGCUCUGUGUGUUGAGCCCAUGUAUUUGGGGGAAAUCGCACCAACUGCAUUACGAGGAGCCAUGGGAAUGGGAACCUCCAUCUUUCUGACUGUUGGGAUCGUCUCUGGACAAGUGAUGGGCCUUGAAGAAAUCCUGGGUAGAGAAGAGUACUGGCCCUUCCUGCUCGCCACCACAUGCAUCCCUGCAUUUCUGCAGCUCCUGUUCCUGCCCUGGUUCCCAGAAAGCCCACGCUAUCUGUUCAUCGACAGAGGAAAUGACGAAGGAUGUAGAAAAGCUCUGGUUCAGCUGCACGGUUUAGCAGGAUCCGAAGGUGCGCUGAAGGAUAUCCAGGCAGAGAAGAAUAAUUUGGUUGGUUUCAAGGCCAGGAAGCCCUGGGAGCUUUUGGCUGAUCGUAGCGUGCGCUGGCAGGUCAUCACCAUCAUUCUGCUCAACGCCGCUCAACAGCUGAACGGCGUGAACGCUAUGUACUUCUACACACAGUAUGUCUUCCAACAGUCUGGUAUUCCCACAGAUAAAAUACCAUAUGCAACCGUCGGAACGGGUGCCUGUGAAUGUCUCACCGCUUUAACGUGUGGUUUACUUGUUGAGUGUCUUGGAAGGAAAGUGCUGAUUGCAGGAGGAUAUAUACUGAUGAGUGUGUGCUGUAUUUUAUUCACUCUGACACUCGCUCUGCAGCAUGUCAGCCCAGUUUUUCCAUACCUGAGCGUCGCCUGUGUUUUUGCUUUCGUCUUGAGCUUUGGCUUAGGGCCAGGGGGGGUGACCAACAUCUUAACCACGGAGCUGUUCACUCAAACCUCUCGUCCUGCUGCUUUCAUGAUCGCAGGAUCGGUCAACUGGCUCAGCUUCUUCUUCAUCGGCUUAGUCUUUCCUUUCAUUGUGAUCGGCCUGCAGCACUACUGUUUCCUGGUGUUCUUUGUCGUCUGCUCCACGGUGGCGAUAUACAUUUUGGCUGCUAUACCUGAAACUAAGAACAAAAGCUUUUUGGAAAUCCAAAAUGAGUUCCAGUCAUCCAAGAAGAAGACAGAUGUCCUUCCCGAUGAAGCAGAAGCUCUGCUUGUAUCAACAAGUUUAUAAAAUGCAUCGGACUCAAGAGUGAGGCUAAAAAAGUCUUAAAAAGACUUACAGUCCACACACUACACAUCAUCAACGUCAUAUAAUAAAGUAUUAUUUAUUUAUUCUAAGACGGUUGUCAGGAUGGAUCUUAACCAUGUGAAUUAUUUUCUUUAGUUCACCUAAAAGCAAGAACUGGGCUGAUUUAUAUUUAUAUGUAGAAAUAGUGUGAAAUUAGGGUUUUAUAAAGGGUGCUCCAUUUAGACCAAAUAAAAAUUAGUCAAUAGAAUUAUUGUGAACUUUUUGUGCCACCAAGACUGCUUGAGGCUCAGCUUUCUAAUCCUUGAGGGAGCAUGUGAUGUGACGAACAAAGCAUUCACUCAAAUGCCUGCAGUAACAGAAAUAUUAAAAUUAAAGCAAAUAUUUAAAACGUAGUUCUAUUUGACAUUAUCUGAUACAACUUCUGAUUGCAUUUUUUCACAACGAAUCUGAUUGUCUGUGCAAAGUUUCUAAGAUUUUAAAUUCGCUAGCGUCUCCUGAGUGUCUUUGUAAGCUUUUCUUGAUCCUAAAUGUGUUUGAUUUCACCCAGAAUAUACUUCAGAAAAUGAAAGACUGCCUGGAAUGCGCUCAGAGGUUCAAACAAGUAAAAGAGGCCCGGCAAAAAUUUUCUUACAGGUCAUAAGUUGGCAAAUUCCUUGACUGCUUUAAUAAGCUUAACUUGGGAAAAAAAUGUCUGUCUAACAGGAUGUUUUGAUAGUUUCUUUUUAACAUGUGUGGAGGCUGGAGCACAAAUAACUGGAAAGAUAAUCAUGAGAUUCAUGGGAAUAGAAGUGGGAGUCGUUUGGCACCUGACUGAAUUAAUACGCUUCAUUCAGCAGAAAGAAUAGAAGGCAGUCAGGAGUUUUAUGGUGCUUCUGAUUUUAGGCAACAAACUGUUGUAUCAGGAAAACAGAAACAUCGUUGUCUGUUCAACCCACAGUGUUCCUAAAAAUAAACAAAAGAAAAUUAAACCAACAGAACAAA